AUGAACUAUCUCAUCGUCGAUGUCGCGCAAAAGCAGUUCCGUCUCUCCGAAGCAAGCCGUCAAGACUGGGGGAACGAAGGCGGCGUCUUUCCAAAGACAUUAUGUCCGGCAACGCCGCCUGCCUCGGACAAUCCGGAAAAUGGCACAACGGUAAACCCAGGCCCGAGCCCAGAGCCAGAGCCCGAGCCCAAGCCCAAGCCCAAGCCCAAAGUCGGCGCCCUCGUUGGUGAAAUUGUUGGCCCAGUCGUUGGUGUAGCCAUCAUUGCUCUGGCCAUUUUCUUCUGCUGGCGCCGCCGUCGACGCAACAGGAGACGCCGUGAACAAGCUUCUGCCAGUCAACCUGACAUCCCUACCGUCCAAACAUACCAGCCUGUUCCCCCCAUGGGCCAACAUCCUUCCUCCACGACAUGGAUGUACACUUGUCCCCACCAACACCAACCGCCUCAGGGCAGCUACUCGUAUACAGACCAACCGUUCCCUCCGGCAGGGGCCUACCCGGUCAUGAUGCAGCACGGAUACCCUAAAGCCGACCAGACGGUCUACCAGCCCUACACGCCACCGCCACAUCGGGCGCCUCAGGAGAUGCCAUCCCCGGAACCUACCCCUGCCGAGUGGAGAGGCAGCGAGGUCAGCGGAGAUACAGGUGCCACGGUGAGUGAGCUGGCCAGUCUCGCCCAACCCCAAUUGUUUUGCAUGCAUCGAUCUAUCUAG